GGCUUGGACACACCUGCGCACGAUCGAGGAGAGCUCACCUGCGCACGAGGACAGAGGAAGAACACAACAAGAGCUCGAGGCGAAGUCCGACACCAUGAGGCUCGUCGUGCUCACGGCUUUGACCUGCUUUUCUCUGGCCCUGUGUCCAGCUGCGCGCGCGUGGUCCAGGCCUCCUGAGGACUUGGAGGGGUCUGGAGAUGACCCAGAACAUGACAUGGAGGAUGACAUGGACGGUGACAUGGAGGGCUCAGGCUCAGGUUCUGGAAGUCAGGAGAAAGAGACGGUGGAGGGAAAAAUAACUGACCUGGGCUUUGGUAGAGAAGACACUGGUCCAAAGAAGAAAGAAAAAUCUGGAGGAGCAGAUUUUGAGCUGGAGCCUGAACAUCCCUGGGACAGGACGCCCCGUGUGAUCCAGUCCAAGAGCAUCAUGGAGAGCAAAGAAGUCCUCACAGGAGUGGUCGCAGGUGGAGUGGGGGGGUUGAUACUGGCUGUGGCGCUGGCAGGUUUCCUCAUCUACAAAUGGAAGAAGAAAGACUUGGCUCAAGAAUACAGGGCGGCGAGGAGCACCGAGACAGGGCAGGACUACAUCAGAGACCAGAAGGGGGCGCUGCGGGACGAGACCGUGGUGCUCGUAUGACCUCAGUAUACACUAUACACCUGCUACUGUACCAUAGACUGUAUAUAUAAAUGGACAUUGCUAACCUGUUAGCCACCGCGUUCCAAAUCUCCAUCGGCUUGGUCUUAAAAUGUUCGUAUUAACCCGCUCUACAUUCUACUUUCCUGGUUUUUAUUUAACUAUUUUGGCCCUAAAUCAAGAUAUGAACAUUAAUGACAGAGAAAUCAGUUGCCUUCUUUCCCAGCGGUUAGUCCCGUCAUUGUUAGCAACAGAUUUGAUUGACAGCAUUUCUAAGAUCCCGCCCCCUGCUGAACCAGUGGUGCGGGUGGGAAAGGGCAUUACCUUCGACAGCCUCCAGAUUGGCUCUUUGGUUGCUAUGAUACUCGCGGUUGUAAUUCCAAAUAUAGGACUUUGCUCCAAAUUCGCUCCUAUACCUGCUAGCCUCAAUGAGCUUCCUUUAACUGGAGCUGAAUGCUAUGUCACACUCACGUGGUCCAUUUCUUUAUACAGUCUGUGUGCUGUACUUUAUGACAAAUCAAUGUGUCCCACUACUUUACACUAGGGCUGUAUUCGACUAGAGAAAUUCUUGUUGUAUUAAAGACAUACCCUGCGAUUAGUCGACUAAAAAGGGGGCAAAUCUAUUAUGUAUCUGACCCAAACUGCACUCCUAAGACUACACGUACAGGGGGAGUUCAUGCAAAAACUAUGCAUUUAUGCAGAAAAACGCACUUGGAAACAGUGUAUUUAUUUAAAGACAGAUUCAACUUGUGAAUCAUGAGUUUAAUCUGCCUUUUUAUAGAUAAAUACCAAAAAAUACACGUUUUGGUUGACUAAGACUCCAUCGACCGAUAAAUCGACUAAAUGACUACAGCCCUACUACACAUGUAAAUAUGUUGAUUGUUUAAAGUAUAAUUUAUUAGGAAAACUUUGAUUGAACAGACUAUUUUUUUCAUGCUUGUAUGUGUCAUAUGUAAAGACAAUAUGUUUCUGUUGUAGCUAACAUGUAAAAAAAACACAAUUGCAUCAGUGAAAUGAUUAGCACCACAAUGAAAAUGCAUCAAAAUUAAUGAAUUUGUGCAACUCAAAAUAUUAAAGUAUUUAUAUUCAUCAUUCUGUCUGUGUUCUAUGAUGAAUCUGACACGCUUCAUAAUCGCAAUAUUAAAGGUCCUAUACUACGAAAAAUGGACUCUUGUUAGAAUGUUGUUACCUCAUCAGACACAAAUUCAGAGUUGUGUUUUGUUUCAUUCACACAUGUUUGAGUAACACUUUAUUAUUAGUCUGUCUACAUCUCCGAACCUCAAAAUGCUCUGUUCCACCUUGUGAUGUCAUGUAGUGGCAGUGUUCAAGUUAACAGCGACCAUUUGACAUGCACAUAUAACAGGGUUUUCUAUUGGAGAGAAGAAUUGAGCCUAAAUAUGUGUGGUAAAUGUGUGAAUGAAAUGAAACUAAACAGGUGUUUGUGAUGAAACAGCAUUAUAACUAUAUUAUAAUCUGAAAAUGGCAUAAUAUGGGCCCUUUAAAGGAUGUAUGCAAGAUUUAGAUUUUACAUUUCAGAAACUUGACCUAUGAACCAAAUGAAAAUGUUUCUUUUACUGAUAACAGCUGUAAUGCUGACUUAAUCUUCAUUACAAAAACAUUGUACAUUACCUUUAUUUAUGUGAUUAUUUGGUGUAUUGGUUCUCAAGACGAUUAUUAGGAUGAGCCUCACAUGAGUCUCUCAUUUGGGUUGCCAGUUUCAGUGUUGAAAUCCAGUUGGUUUAAACCUAAAAUGCCUCCCUCUGAUCUGAAUGGGCUCUACCUAAACCCCAGCACCUGCAGAGCAAUCAUGAGUCAGUGCUAGUGCAGCCUCUGCAGGCUGGACAGAGAAUGUACUUCAUCUCCUCAGAAGACGUGUUGAUUUUUUUCUACAUUUUAACAAACAAAACAACAGGUCUAUAUAAGUAAUAGGAAUACUGCUAAAAAAAAGCUUGAAAGUUUAUUUGAGUGUUUUAUCUUUUUCAAUGUAGAAUAGAAUAGAAUAGAAUGCAUUUAUUGUCACUAUAUAUAUGUACAACACCAUACACAUGCACAGCGAGAUUAAAAACAACUCACCCUUCAAUACAAACAGACAUGGAACAAUUAAAACAUUAAAGCAUUAAAACAUUAAAACACCCCAGACUACAACUCUCAACAAGAUUUACAGUGAAUACUGCAGAGUCACAUGCUGCACUGAGCAAGUAUUGCACUAUAUUAACUAUUGCACUAUGUUAAAUAUUGCACUACAUUAAAUAUAUUGCACUGUAUCAAAUAUUGCACUCAGACACAUUGCACUGAAUCAAAUAUUGCACUAUAUUAAAUAUGAAAUAUUGCACACAAACGACCUUAUUGCACUCAAUAAAAAAUAUUGCACUAUUUUAAACAUUGCACAAGUCGGAGGUCAGUGCAUACGUGAGUUCAACAGGGUUAUGGCAUUUGGGAAAAAACUUUUUUUGAGUCUAGUGGUCCUUGCUUUAAUGGCCCUGUAGCGCCUUCCCGAGGGCAGCAGAUGAAACAAGUCAAAGCCAGGGUGGGAGCUGUCGUUAAUAAUGUUUUUGGCCCUGCUGAGGCAGCGGGAGGUGUAAAUAUCCAUCAGAGAGGGGAGAGGGCAGGAUCUUUUGGGCUGUCUUGACCACCCUCUGAAGCCUCUCUCUAUCCACCAUGGUACAGCUGCCAUACCAGACUGUAAUACAGUAUGUCAGCAGGCUCUCAAUAGAUGCCCGAUAGAACGUGAGCAGCAGGCUGGGGUCCGAUCCAUAUUUCUUAAGCACCCUCAGGAAGUGUAAUCGCUGCUGAGCCUUCUUGGUGAUAGCUAUUAUGUUCUCAGUCCAGGAUAGAUUAUCUGAGAUGAGAACACCAAGAAACCGGAAAGUGUGGACCCUCUCCACACACUCACCAUUGAUGUAAAGGGGAGCGAGGUCUGUGCUGUGCCUCCUGAAGUUGAUGAUGAUUUCCUUGGUUUUCUUGGUAUUCAGAGCAAGGUUAUUCUCCGAGCACCAAGCAGUCAACUUCAGGACCUCCUCUCUGUAGGCCGUCUCAUCACCUUUUGAAAUGAGCCCGACCACGGUUGUAUCAUCAGCAAACUUCACAAUGAGGUUGCUGUUACUGGCCGGGCUGCAGUCAUGUGUGUAGAGACAGUACAGGAGGGGGCUCAUGUGAGAUUAUUAUUCCAUGUAAUAUGGUAAAUCAUACUUUGUACUCCUGUUUACGUGUGCGCCAACGUGGCAUGAGAUUGUAUAUGUACCCUGAACCUCCAUAUAUGAUGAUACUUUGAAAGAUCAGCUAAAAAUGCUUGUUUUUGUGCACUUUGUCUUCAUUGAACCCAGAUAACAAUCUGCGUGCUGUACAUUUCUAGCUAAUUAUUGAGGAAUUAUGACGUGUGUUAACUAGUAUAUAAGGAGCCACAGUAGAGAUGUAAAACAGGAGACAGUUGGUGUUUCAUUCGAUUGAUGCCUGCAUCUGCUGAAUAAAGAGACUGAUUUGAAACUGCCCGGCCUUCUCGACUCCUGCUUCUAGUUCGCCGUCCAGGAAAACUGACAGUUUUGGUGACCCCUGACGUGAUGCUAAGUCCUGGUCGCAAGGGCGA